AUGAACUGGGGGAUCUUCGAGGGUCUCCUGAGCGGGGUCAACAAGUACUCCACAGCCUUCGGGCGCAUCUGGCUGUCCCUGGUCUUCAUCUUCCGCGUGCUGGUGUACCUGGUGACAGCCGAGCGCAUGUGGAGUGACGACCACAAGGACUUCGACUGUGACACCCGCCAGCCGGGCUGCUCCAACGUCUGCUUCGACGAGAUCUUCCCCGUGUCCCACGUGCGCCUCUGGGCCCUGCAGCUCAUCCUGGUCACGUGCCCCUCGCUGCUCGUGGUCAUGCAUGUGGCCUACCGCGAGGCCCGGGAGAAGAAGCACCAAGAGGCGGCAGGGAAGAAUGGCGGGCACCUCUACCCAGACCCCGGCAAGAAGCGGGGCGGGCUCUGGUGGACGUACGUCUGCAGCCUGGUGUUCAAGGCUGGCGUGGAUGCCGCCUUCCUCCACGUGUUCCACUCGUUCUACCCCAGAUACACCCUCCCUCGCGUGGUCAGGUGCCACGUGGCUCCGUGUCCCAAUACGGUGGACUGCUUCAUCUCCAAGCCCACGGAGAAGAACAUCUUCACUCUCUUCAUGGUGAUCACGGCCGUCGUUUGCAUCGUGCUCAACAUUGUGGAGCUGGCCUACCUGGUGAGCAAGAGGUGCCGCGAGUGCCUGCUGGCAAGGAAAGCCCGGGCCACGGGCCUGGGCCACCGCCGGAACUGGGCCACCACUUCCUCCAAACAGGACGACCUCCGCUUGGGCGACCUCAUCUUUCUGGGCUCAGACGCUCCCCCUCCUCUCUUACCAGACCACCCUCGAGACCACGUGAAGAAAACCAUCCUGUGA